CUGUGCUUGCCGCUGGGUUUCUGCACCUCAUACACCCUCACAGCAGCCAUCACUCACACACAUUAUCACAUGCAUGCGCGCAGAAGCAGACAUAUGGAGUACUACUGCUUCCUCCUGCUCUGGAUUUGUAGCCAGCAGUUUGGACUCCAUGACUGCUUCAACAUUGACACAAAAACACCCAGGAUCAUCAAAGGCCCAAAACAAGCUCAGUUUGGAUACACUGUUCAGCAACAUGUGGCUGCUGGAGGAGAAAAAUGGUUGCUAGUUGGUGCUCCCUAUGAAAUGAAUGGACCUUACCAGACUGGGGACAUUUAUAAAUGUUCACUGAGCAAAGGGACCAAUGGCAAUGGUUGCUCAAAGCUCAAUUUAGGAAGGAUAUCUUUGACCAACGUGUCGGAGCGAAAGGAGAAGAUGAGGCUGGGAAUGACUUUAACAUCUAAUCCGAAAGACAACAGCUUUGUGGCCUGUGGGCCCUUGUGGUCCUAUGAAUGUGGCAACUCGUACUACAGUACUGGGAUUUGCUCCAGAGUUAAUGAAAGUUUUAAGUUCUCUAGAACCAUUGCCCCAGCCUUUCAGAGAUGUGAAACCUACAUGGACAUAGUAAUAGUCCUUGAUGGCUCAAACUCCAUCUACCCAUGGUAUGAAGUACAAGCUUUUCUUAUCAACAUUCUGCAGAAGUUUCAUGUCGGACCAGGUCAAAUACAGGUUGGCGUUGUCCAAUAUGGUGAAAAAGUCGUCCACGAAUUCAAACUUAGUGACUACAAAUCAGUGGAGGAGGUGGUGAAAAGGGCACGCAGCAUCAACCAGCGGGGUGGAGAGGAGACCAACACAGCCCUUGGCAUCAACACAGCACGCUCGGAAGCUUUCAAACAGGGAGGCCGACGUGGUGCCAAAAAAGUUAUGAUUGUUAUAACUGAUGGAGAGUCACAUGAUAGUGCCGACCUCAAGCAAGCCAUUGAGGACAGUGAGAAGGAUGACAUCACCCGUUAUGCCAUUGCUGUGCUUGGCUACUACAACCGCAGAGGAAUCAAUCCAGAAGCUUUCCUCAGUGAAAUCAAAUACAUAGCCAGCGACCCGGAUGACAAACACUUCUUUAACGUGACUGAUGAGUCGGCGCUGAAGGACAUUGUGGAUGCACUGGGAGAACGGAUCUUCAGCUUAGAAGGGACCAGCAAGAAUGGGACAGCAUUUGGCCUCCAGAUGUCUCAAGCAGGGUUUUCCGCUCACAGUGUUGAGGAUGGGACCGUGGUGGGUGCUGUGGGUGCGUAUGACUGGAAUGGGGCUGUGCUCAAAGAAACGAGACAGGGGAAGGUGGUCCCUCCAAAGUUGUCCUAUAGGCAGGAGUUUCCUGAGGAGCUCAAAAACCAUGGGGCAUACUUGGGUUAUACCGUAACGUCUGUGAUGUCAGCCAGAAAUGGUCGUCUGCUCGUAGCAGGAGCUCCACGAUUUAAUCACACCGGCAAAGUUAUUAUCUUCACUUUGAAGAAUUCCGGCAACCUCACCAUCCUGCAUUCUCUUAAUGGCCAUCAGAUCGGAUCUUACUACGGUAGCGAGAUUGCCCCCAUGGAUAUUGAUGGAAACGGCGUAACUGACAACCUUCUGGUGGCAGCUCCAAUGUUUUUCAGCGGAGGCCUGGAGAAAGGAAAGGUCUACAUUUACAGAAUAACAGAGCUGAAUCAAUUCAUCUUUGAAGGAACUCUCGAGAUUCAUAAUGGCGGCCAGAAUGCUCGCUUUGGUUCAUCCCUCGCUCCUGUUCCUGAUCUAAACGGAGACGGCUUUAAUGACUUGGUGGUCGGUGCUCCACUAGAAGAUGACCACAAAGGAGCCAUUUAUGUCUUCUUUUCUCAGAACAGCAGAAUACUACGCAAAUAUAAACAGCGGAUAGCAGCAGCAGAUUUGGCUCCGGGUCUGCAGUAUUUUGGCCGCAGCAUUCAUGGUGUAAUGGACAUGAGUGAUGAUGGUUUGGUGGAUCUUGCUGUCGGGUCCCUUGGUGCUGCAGUUAUUCUUCGGUCACAGACUGUGGUUCGGAUAUAUACCAGCGUCAGGUUUGAACCCACCAAGAUCAACAUCUUUGUGAAAGACUGUCAGAGAGGCGGCAAAGACGUGACCUGCAUGUCAGCCAUCGUAUGUUUUAACAUCACUGCUAGGACUGCUGUUUCUCUGGAUCGGGAAAUUGGAAUAAAGUACAACGUCUCCAUCAUGGAGCGGCGUUUCAACCCGCGGGCCUUACUGGACAACCCCAGUAAGAUGCAGCCACAAAAUCUCACCCUCUUUCCCGGGUUAGACACCUGCGAGCACAUCUUCUUCCAUGUGAUGGAAACAACAGACUAUGCUAGACCUGUGGUGUUUGCUGUUCAAGUGGGCCUACAAGAUCCAGAGAAUGAACCAGUUCUGGAUGACAGUUGGCCAACUCUUUUGAGGACGGAGCUGCCUUUCUGGAAUGGCUGUGAUGAGGAUGACCACUGCACACCGGACCUGUCUUUGCAGAGUACCACCGACCUGAUGACGCAAAGACAGUUCUGUGCACAGCAUGUAAAAUCUCUGGGUGCCUUCUGCCGCCAUCAAAGUGAGGACAAGAUGGAAGAACCCCUGAGAGUGCUGGAGGGGAAGAGAAGGAAGAUGGUGGUCGACAUCAAACUGGAAAACAAAGGAGAGAAUGCCUACAAUGCUCUCUUCAGGGCUACGUACUCUGCCAAUCUGCUCUUCUCAAGCCUCAUCGUCAAGGACAAGUCGGAUAUCAAAAUUGAGUGUUACAUAAGUGACAAAACAAAGAAUGAGAAGAUUUGCAAUGUCAGUGCCCCGUUCAUGAGAGCAAAAACUCAGGUGUCAUUCCGACUUGAGUUUGAGUUCAGUCAUACCAUCCUCUUCGACCACGUCAGAGUUGUACUGCAGGCCAGCAGUGAUGGGGAGGAAAUGAACAAAGCUGAUAAUUUCAAAGUAAUCUAUUAUCCUCUGAAAUAUGAGGGGGAUCUUCUCUUCACAAGACAUUCUGAUACAACUCGGUAUGAGAUCAAACCUGAGCUCUCUCUGGAGGAGCCUGGAAUUACUGGUCCUCCUUUCAAUUUGACUUUUCAGAUUCAUAACCUUGGACUCUUUCCGGUGAGAGAUCUGCAGCUUGACAUUGAGAUUCCACAAAUGACAAAAAACGGAAACCAGCUCCUGCAGAUAUCAGAUUUCUACUUUGACCAGAGAGAUGGUACACACUGUUCACUGCCUCAGCAUGUGGCACACAGCAGGGCGUCACCUGAGGAUCUAUCCCGCUUCUCCCGCUUGAACCGGUCCAACACCCUAAUUCUGCCGAUUCACUGCACCAUCAAUGUUGCUUCCAAGAAAGAAUUUGCAGUACGGAUCUCAGGAGCCCUCAAAAUAGAUACUUUACACACACUGAAGUUUAAAGUCCUGGAACUAGUAACUAGUGCUUCAAUGGAGCUGCCCUCUUCCAGCCCCAUGUUGUUACACGAAGAGAGACCCAUCAGACAUAUAAUACUGGAGAUCAGGAAGCAGGGGGAUUACAGAAUCCCCAUUUGGAUUAUCAUUGGUAGCACACUAGGAGGGCUUUUAUUGUUAGCUCUGCUCAGCCUGGCUCUGUGGAAGCUUGGCUUCUUCCGGAGACAGAAGAGGAGGGAUAAGGAGGAGCCAGAGACCAACGGGAAGGUCGCUGAGGAGCGGUAACGCUGGCACAGAGGAGACUGUUUUUACAGGAGACGCCACACUCAGGGACUAACCCACCUCCACCUGGAACCCCCAGCAGCUCCGCAUCGAUGGCCCAGCUCGAUCCUCGAAGCAUGGUUCCUGCAGAUUCAGCACUGUCCGACUCACUCAGUUCUCGUGCACUGUUAGGAUGUUAGGGCCUCUUUAUUUAUGAUUCUCUGCCAGUCAUGUCGUCCCUCCAUGUCUGAUAGUUCUGGUUCUUUUCGAGGAUCUUUGAAAAAGAAAAAAGCUUCAAAUGAUCUGAUUCCUGACAUUUUUUCUUGUUUUGGAACACAAUCAUAGCCAGUCAUUUAAUUUGUGUUUUGUAUUUAUUUAACCUUUAAAAAAAAAUGUUGGAGAUAAAAAACAAAAAGAAAAGGCUUUUGUCAGGGUCAUCACCCAAAACCUACCAAAAAUAUGUAGAUAUAGUGUAUAUUAAAGUUUAUAUUUAAAGGAUUUAUUUGCAACAUAAUCUAAGAUAACUUUUGACCAUAAACUGUAAUUAAAUUCACCUGCACACAAAUAAGAGCAAUACUAUCUAGAGAAAUUUUACAACUUUAACUUUUCAGUCUCUUAAACAUCUGAUGCACUUUUUAUAUUGUGUAUAAUUAACUUGAAUUUGUAAAUAUUGAAGUGCCUUGCUAGUGGUCCUGUAGUUUGAUUUUUUUUUUUCUCAUUUUCUCUAAGUGGUUAAGGAGAUUUUCUGUUUUAACUUAAGCAAAGUCUGCUUUAUUCUAGAGAACCAUAUGCGACUGUUGCAUGCCUCUUACAUGCACUGUAUCAGAGCAAAGGGUGUGCCGUAAGUAUUAUUUACAACUUUUUUUUUUUAAUAAUUGGAAAUAAAUUUAUAUGGUGGUUAAAAUUCACGGAUGAGAAGAGUGGCUCAAACAUGAUAUGUGUAAGUGCAGAAUCUGAUCCUGGUAAUGUGUUGAAGUAUGAAGAGCUUUGAUAUGUACGCAAAUAAAAAUCGGUACGUGCACGUGUGUGUCAUCUUGAUAAUCUUCUUUGGAAAGAGAAAAAUGGAAAAUUUGCUCAUUACACACAAAAAAGGGGACAGAAAAACUUUAAAAAAAUGAAGAGAUUAAGGUUUUUUAAUAAUUUUCCUUGAGAUUUCAGUCAUGAUUGUUAUUUUCUAUUUUUCUAUUGGACCUUUAUUUAUCCAGGUAAAACAGAUAAAGAAAUAUUACUGUAUUUUCAACUGUGGCCUGGCAACCUUUUUUUCUCAAACAACUUUAACUCCAAAUUAAACUAGACUUCAAUAACAUCCUACUGUAUUUUUUCUGCUAAAAAAAUGCAAAAAGAGGACUUCGGUUUUGAUUUAUUCAUAAAACAUCUUUAAUGAUUCCCACAAUGAUGCCAGCAUGCUGAGAAAACUAGGCUGGAAAUUAUCUUGGGUGGAUUGCGAUGUCCUUGAAAUGAUUAAUUGAUGUUGAUUGUUUUAAUACAUGAAAUGCUUACAUAUCUUAUAGUCUUGGUCUUAAUUAUGCAAAUUUUAUAGGAGCAAAGAUAAAGGCUAAGAAAGUCUGCUUCUCCAGGGCUCACGGCCCAGUUUUGCAAGGAGUCUGUUUGUAUUUUUUGUUGUGUAGAGGUAAUUAACAUUGAAAACCUCAAAUAAACUAAGUUCUUCCUCUGAGAGUUA